CAGGCGGGAUUGGACCCUUCCUGAGGCGAGGAAGGUGGGAUUUGUGCCUGUGUGGUGUUUUCGCCGAGUUGAAAGGCCGGGACCAGGAACAGAGGCGCUGAUUGCAGGCGGAAGGAGGAGGAGGAGGAGAAGGAGAUAGAGGUAUAUUGCAAAAAUGUCUGACAGUGAGGACAGCAACUUCUCUGAAGAUGAGAGCGAACAUAGCAGUGAACCCGAAGAGGUAGAGGAGAAUGAGGCAGAAGAAGAGCGCGCCAGUACCGUCGGCAGCGAAAAGGAAGAAGUAGAGGAAGAGGAGGAGGAGGAGGAAGAAGAAGAAUAUGAUGAAGAGGAGGAGGAAGAUGAUGACCGGCCUGCAAAGAAGCCGAGACAUGGAGGCUUUAUUUUGGAUGAAGCUGAUGUGGAUGAUGAGUAUGAAGAUGAAGAUCAGUGGGAAGACGGCGCUGAGGACAUUCUGGAGAAAGAAGAGAUCGAAGCCUCCAAUAUUGACAAUGUGGUUCUGGACGAGGAUCGCUCCGGAGCACGGAGACUACAGAACUUGUGGAGGGACCAGCGUGAAGAGGAACUGGGCGAGUAUUACAUGAAGAAGUACGCCAAAUCCUCAGUGGGCGAAACUGUUUACGGUGGCUCCGACGAACUCUCUGAUGACAUCACACAACAGCAGUUGCUGCCUGGAGUGAAGGAUCCCAAUCUGUGGACUGUGAAAUGUAAGAUUGGAGAAGAGCGGGCCACAGCCAUUGCCCUGAUGAGGAAGUUCAUCGCCUACCAGUUCACCGACACACCUUUGCAGAUCAAGUCGGUGGUGGCUCCAGAACAUGUGAAGGGCUACAUCUACGUGGAGGCCUACAAGCAGACGCACGUCAAGCAGGCUAUCGAAGGAGUGGGCAACCUUCGGAUGGGCUAUUGGAACCAGCAGAUGGUGCCGAUCAAGGAGAUGACGGAUGUCCUGAAGGUGGUGAAGGAGGUGACCAACCUGAAGCCCAAAUCCUGGGUCCGGCUCAAGAGGGGCAUCUACAAGGAUGACAUCGCUCAGGUGGAUUAUGUGGAGCCAAGUCAGAACCAGAUCUCGCUGAAGAUGAUUCCACGCAUCGAUUUUGACCGCAUCAAAGCCCGCAUGAGCCUGAAAGACUGGUUCGCCAAACGGAAGAAGUUCAAACGUCCCCCUCAGAGGCUCUUCGAUGCUGAAAAGAUCCGGUCUUUGGGUGGCGAUGUGGCCUCCGAUGGGGACUUCCUCAUCUUUGAAGGCAACCGGUACAGCCGGAAAGGGUUCCUCUUCAAGAGCUUUGCCAUGUCUGCGGUGAUCACAGAAGGAGUGAAGCCCACUCUGUCUGAGCUGGAAAAAUUUGAGGACCAACCAGAAGGCAUUGACUUGGAGGUGGUGACCGAAAGCACAGGAAAGGAACGGGAACACAACUUCCAGCCCGGUGACAACGUGGAGGUGUGCGAAGGGGAGUUGAUCAACCUGCAGGGCAAGAUCCUGAGUGUGGAUGGGAACAAAAUCACCAUCAUGCCAAAGCAUGAAGACCUCAAGGACAUGUUGGAGUUCCCGGCCCAGGAAUUGCGCAAAUACUUCCGGAUGGGGGACCACGUGAAGGUGAUCGCGGGGCGCUUUGAAGGCGACACGGGACUCAUUGUGCGCGUGGAGGAAAACUUCGUCAUUCUCUUCUCUGACCUCACGAUGCAUGAGCUCAAAGUCCUGCCCCGGGAUCUUCAGCUCUGCUCGGAGACGGCUUCCGGUGUGGACGCGGGCGGGCAGCAUGAGUGGGGGGAGCUGGUGCAGCUGGACCACCAGACUGUCGGCAUCAUCGUCCGGCUAGAACGGGAGACCUUCCAGGUCCUCAACAUGUAUGGCAAAGUGGUGACGGUCAGGCACCAGGCUGUGAACCGGAAGAAAGACAACCGAUUCGCCGUGGCCUCGGACUCCGAGCAGAACAACAUCCACGUGAAGGACAUCGUGAAAGUCAUUGACGGGCCGCACUCGGGCCGAGAGGGGGAGAUCCGGCAUCUCUUCAAAGGUUUCGCCUUCCUCCAUUGCAAGAAGUUGGUGGAAAACGGGGGCAUGUUUGUGUGCAACGCGCGCCAUUUGGUCCUGGCUGGAGGCUCAAAGCCUCGGGACGUCACCAAUUUCACCAUUGGCGGCUUUGCCCCCAUGAGUCCCCGCAUCAACAGCCCCAUGCAUCCCAGCGCUGGAGGGCAACCUGGCGGCUUUGGGGGAGGCGGCAUGAGCCGAGGCCGUGGCCGCAGGGACAAUGACCUCAUUGGGCAGACUGUGCGGAUCUCCCAAGGGCCCUACAAAGGCUACAUUGGGGUGGUCAAAGAUGCCACGGAAUCCACUGCCCGUGUGGAGCUUCACUCCACCUGCCAGACCAUCUCCGUUGACCGGCAGCGACUCACUACAGUUGGUUCGCGGAGACCAGGCGGCAUGACUUCUGCUCACAGCCGGACCCCGAUGUAUGGUUCCCAGACCCCGAUGUACGGCUCAGGGUCUCGCACUCCCAUGUAUGGCUCCCAGACUCCGCUCCAUGACGGCAACCGGACCCCCCAUUACGGCUCCCAGACCCCGUUACAUGACGGCAGCCGGACCCCGGCGCAGAGCGGGGCUUGGGACCCCAACAAUCCCAACACGCCAUCAAGGGCAGAGGAAGAGUUCGACUACGGCUUCGACGACGAACCCACCCCUUCGCCGCAGGGCUAUGGAGGGACCCCCAACCCACAGACCCCGGGCUAUCCGGACCCUUCCUCCCCACAAGUCAACCCUCCCUACAACCCUCAGACCCCUGGCACACCGGCCAUGUAUAACACGGACCAGUUUUCUCCAUACGCCGUCCCUUCCCCUCAAGGCUCCUACCAGCCGAGUCCCAGCCCCCAGAGCUUCCAUCAAGUGGCGCCGAGUCCCGUGGGCUACCAGAACACCCAUUCGCCAGCCAGUUACCAUCCAACGCCGUCGCCAAUGGCAUACCAGGCGAGUCCCAGCCCUAGCCCCGUGGGCUACAGCCCCAUGACCCCGGGGGCUCCUUCUCCAGGAGGCUACAACCCACACACUCCGGGCUCCGGGAUCGAGCAGAGUUCCAGCGACUGGGUCACCACCGACAUCCAGGUCAAAGUGCGCGACACUUACCUGGACAGCCAAGUCGUGGGGCAGACGGGCGUCAUCCGCAGCGUGACGGGCGGGAUCUGCUCAGUCUACCUGAAGGACAGCGAGAAGGUGGUCAGCAUUUCCAGCGAGCAUCUGGAGCCAGUUACACCCACCAAGAACAAUAAGGUCAAAGUCAUCUUGGGCGAGGACCGGGAAGCCACCGGCGUCCUCUUGAGCAUCGACGGCGAGGACGGCAUUGUCCGCAUGGACUUGGACGAGCAGCUCAAGAUCCUCAACUUGCGUUUCCUGGGCAAGCUUUUGGAGGCCUAGAUGGAGGGGGAGUCGUGCGAGAGACAGAGAGCGGGUGGCUCUUUUCCUUCUUAGCGUAGCAUCUGCAGCCGUCUAUGGCGCAGCCUUGUACAGAAUGGCUCUUCUUUCCCUGUGGUGGGUGUGUGUUCUGUCGCCGCGUGUUUCCUCGGCCCAACAAGAGGCCUUGCCUUUUAGAGGCGAGAACUUUUCCGUGUGUGCAUACAGUGACUUCCGCUGAACACGGCCCUUCCAUCCCUUCGGAUGGGAUUCCAUGCCCUCUGCAGCACCAGCGCCGUCCAGCAUGUAGCUUCUUUUAAUAAAACCAUCCGACGCGCCCAACAAA